AUGUUUCAAGAGACCCUGGCGACAGCUGCAAGGUUUCUUAUGACUGAGCCUGAGAAGUCCCAGCCUGUCCUUUCUAUUGUGUACUCUCAGCCCAGGUUGAAGGCGAGAGGAAAGAGAUCCCUCCUCUCCAAAGAAGUUGUAGGAAAGAUUCUGCAGCCAUCUUCAUGUACCCUGGAGACGUUUGGCAGAUGUCUAGCCAGAAGAAACUACAGUGAAGUCUCCUGCCAAGAUUUCCCCCUGCGGCCUCUGCCUGUGCCUGUCGACCAUCCCAGGUGCUUCCCCGUGUGGCCCCCAUGGAAUGGCAUGCCCCCUCCCCUUGGAACCUGGCCGCGUGGGCAUCCUCAGAGCAUGGUGCCCAGAUCCAAAAGCCAAGUGCCCCAAGACAACCCGCAGAAGCUCGCCUGCCUUUUAGGGCCCACGCUGCAGAAGUCACGUAGUGUCGCCUCCACUGUGAUCACAAGCCUGCCCGAACUCAGGGGAAGGAAUCUUAGAUCCAUGCCUCCGUCGGGGGACUCUCAGAGUCCUAUGACACAACGAGCAGCAUUUGAGAAGAGAGAGAUGGGGAACUGGAUGAGUCAGGAUCUAGUUGGCAACAUAGAUACCAUUCCAGUUGUCAACAGUAUUGCGCACAAGACCAUGGGCCCUGACAAGUGA